UGUUCAAAAAUUUCAAUUCAAAUUUUAGACGUUUGAAAAUCAAAACAUUCAUUGUUCUGUUACAAAAUACACUCCCAUAGUUAUUGGAAUAUAAAUAUUAUUAAACACUUCUACAUUAUCGUACAACAUGUCAGAAGUAAAAACAUUUAGAUACAUUGAAGCAAAGGUUCACGAAGAGCUUUAUAAUAAUUUAUAUUUAUUAUCACAAGUGUAUGAAACUAAUUCAGAGUUUAAUAGGGUUUUUAAGAAAGAUAUGUUUGUUAAAAACAACAAAGCAGCUUUUUAUGAAGUUGUUUAUUACUUGUUGGAUACUCUGAACCGGGAAUUAACAAAAGAGAAGUUAAAAUCAUGGCGUCCUUAUGAUAUUAAGGGAGAAAAUAAAUUUCGUAGUGAACUAUUAAAGUAUAUUAAUGAGUUAAAUAUCCAUUAUACACAUGCAAAUAUUCCUCCUAUUAUGUCCUCGCAUUUAAUUUCACCUGGUGGAUUCAAAUUUACAAAAUUUAUGUUAAAAUUAUCACAGCUAGUUAUAUUUGAAUAUCUACAGAAUAAUAGUAGAGCCCUAUUAUUAUAUUGUCCAAUACAGAGCACAAAUACCACUCUAAUGCAAGCAAAGUUUGAUAGUAUAAACAGAAUUACUUUUGAAGUUAAACUUAGAAUUAACACAACAUUAGAGAAGUUUCAAGAAGAUUGUAAUAAACAAAAGAAUGUUGCAGAUUCACUGGUAAAAAACUUAACUGAUUUGCAAAAAAGUAUUUCUACUGCAAAAAAGGUUCAGUUGACAGCAGAAGAGGAAUUUUUCAAUAAAUAUACUGUGUAUCCUUCAAUAAACAGCCUCGAAGAUAAAAUUGUUUCUUUGAAUUCACUUUGGAACAGACUUUCAAAUAUUCACAGUUUAUUAGAAGAUUGUAAAUCUAUUCAUGAAUACUUGUUAAGUAAUGAUUUAGUGUUGCACCAUACUGUGAAUUCACAAAAAACAUCUAAUUGCCAAAAAGAACAGAAAUUGAAUUUACCAGAAUUUUUCACUACAGUUGCGACAUUGUUAAAUAGCAAAUCAUUAGAACUACCUAUUGUAGAUAAUAGUUUCAUAAGUGAAAGAUCAGAACAAAUUCGGAGCACUAUAGAAAGGUAUCUAGAUUUAACAAAUGAGUUUAAUACAGACAUUCAACAGAUAAAUGCUCAUGUUAAAGGGUUAUUUAAGAAUUUGAAAUAUGUUGAGAAUUAUGUUAAGCUUCAGUUACUAAAUAAUAAAUCUGAAUCUUUAGAAGAUAACUUAGGUAUACAACCUUUAGAAGUUUCUGAAUAUUAGCAUUAUAAGUUUUAUUAUAUUUUUGUUAAUAAAUCAUAUCUACAUU